AUUGCUCAGAUGUAGUAUAAUUCUCCAAAAAGUAGGGUGAGAAUGUUGAGAGUUUAUAAAAGUGUUAUAAACUUACAUAUAACCUUAUAGGUAUUAAUGGGAGUAAUUGUUUCAAGUCAGAAGCUGGGGAGAGAGAAAAGAGACUUGGAGUUCAGAUGUAAGACCAAAGAAUUGUGUCUUCGAAAAGAAAUCAAGGAAGUAACAUCAUCUCAGUGGAUGAUAACAGAAAAAAGUCAUAGCCUUUUGGGCUCCAAUAUCAGAGAUAACUGGGAGUGCAAAGGCCAAUUUGAGAGGCAAGAGAUAAAUCAAGAGAGAUAUUUGGGGCAAGCAUUAAAGACUUAUGAAAAAAUGCCAACUUGCAGUCUGCAGACAUCUCUUAUUCUACAUCAGCAAAUUUAUCCUGGAGAGAAACUCUGUAAAUUCAAAGAAUGUGGGAAAGGCUUUAUUAAUGGCUCAUUACUUAUGCGACAGCAAGGAAUUAUUAUUGGUAAGAAACGCUAUAAAUGUAAAGACUGUGGGAAGGUCUUUAGUCAUUUUUCCUAUCUUACUGAACAUAAGAGAAUUCAUACUGGUGAGAAGCACUAUGAAUGUAAGGAAUGUGGAAAAGCUUUCAUUCGUGGUUCACAUCUUAUUCAACAUCAGAGAAUUCAUACAAAUGAGAAACCCUUUGAAUGUCAGGAAUGUGGGAAGGCCUUUAGACAAUCUGCACACCUUACCCGACAUCAGAGAAUUCAUACUGGUGAUAAACCUUAUAAAUGUAAGGAAUGUGGGAAAUCUUUUAUUUGUGGCUCAGAACUCACUCGACAUCAGAGAAUUCACACUGGUGAAAAACCCUAUGGUUGUAAAGAAUGUGGGAAGGCCUUUAGACUGCGUUCACAACUUGGUCAACAUCAGCGACUUCAUACCGAUGAGAAAUCUUAUCAAUGUAGGGAAUGUGGAAUGGCCUUUAUUCGUAGUUCACAACUUACUGAACACCAGAGAAUUCAUCCUGGUAUGAAACAUUAUGAAUGUAAAGAAUGCGGGAAGGCUUUUAUUUGUGGUUCUCAACUUUUUCAGCAUCACCAAACUCAUACUGGUGAGAAAUCUUAUGAAUGUGCACAAUGUGGGAGGGCCUUUAUUUGUGCCUCACAACUAACUCAACAUCAGCGAAUUCAUACUGCCAAGAAACCCUGUAAAUGCAAAGAAUGUGGGAAGGCCUUUAUCCGUGACUCAGAACUUACUCAACAUCAUAGUGUUCAUACUGGUGAGAGACCCUAUGAAUGUAAAGAAUGUGGGAAGGCCUUUAGACAGUCUUCACACCUUAAUCAACAUCAGAGAAUUCAUAAUCUAACAUAACGAAUAUAGGAAAUCAUUUACUUGCCAUUCAUUUGUCAUAGAGCAUCAGAUUUCAUGCUAGGGUAAAAUAUAAUGGAUGUGGAAAUUUCUUUGACCUGAUUCUCACUUUUCUCAGAAACAAAUUUUAAUGUUGAAAAAAAUGGAUAAUAAAUGUGGAGUUUCUAUCAUGACUUUCUAUCAAACCUUGUUGAAAUUCUACAAAUUUAUAUUAGAAAAUGUGGUAAAUGAGAAAAGCUACUAUUUACAAUUAUGUGACAUUAGGCAAAUUAUUUAACUUCUCUGUGCUUAAAUUUACUAAUUGGUAAACUGUUGAUAGUAUCUACAUGUAAUAAAGAGUCUGACUCCA